AUGGAAACAAGUGCUAAAGGAGGGGAUGUCAUUUUGCCAACUGCACUAUCUAGGCUGAGACUUCACGAAAGCCUUGCCUCGCAGGCGGAAAGAAGAGCGAAUCGUGAAACUGGUGGAGCUAAUUCCUACUCCAGCAUGCAGUUUUCUAAUCGGCCCCAAACGGAAGGCUCGUUUAAAGCCUCGGCGUCCCCGCUGGGCGCCCCGUCUUUGCCCGUCCGCCACGCUGCUCUGGCCUCCGCGGGGGCAUCCUCUGUCACAAGCGCAGCAGCCGCAGCGCGGGCGUUUCCCGGCGGCAGCGGAAUCGGGGCCGCGGCGGCGAAACCUCGGGCGGGUGGCAGCGGCGCCAGCGGCAGCAGUUCCCCGCGCUCGGCGGCCGGUUCCUCGGCCAGGGAGACCGCGGCUUGGGCAGCGCCCGCGAGCAAACCGCUGCUUUUCGUCACUCUGCCCGACAUCGGCGAGGAGGGCGCACCGGACGCGGACCCCCAGGAAGAAGCUGCUGUGCCCAGAAAAGGGCUGUCAAAAGGACUUGCAGACCAUCACUUCCAAGCGAAGAGUGAAUAUUGCCUUCCAGCACCUUUUACGAAAAGUGUACAAGAAGCAAUUGACAACUAUUCCUUUGUUUCUGUUUCAUCACUUUCACCUAGCAGACAAACCACACCCACAGAUUUGAAUAACUCUUGGUCAGGGAUACAGAGCUGUACCACUGGCCCAUCUACUGAAAGAAGUUCUGUUUACUCUUGGGGAGAUGAUGAGUUUGAUAAAGUGAAUACCCAGAGAGUGUAUCAGUUGUUUUGGGAUGUGGAUGAAAUGCUGUUUGAAGGAAAAGUGAGCUCCCAAACUGAGAAUCUAAAGACAGAAUGCAAAGACUGGACAAAUAGAUCGCUUCACUUAAGGAUUUUGGGAAAACAGGUUCUUUUUCCAAAAGAUGAGGGUUUUCAGCAUUAUCAGAGCAGAAGUGCCAGUUCUGUGUAUUCAAAAUCUCUACCUAGUUUGAGUGAAAUCACCACCAGUAUGAAAGAGUUAUGCAUCUCAGGAUCAAAACUGGUCCCUGCAGCUUUUCCAGUGCACAAAGCAUUCAGCUCUGAAUUAUCAGGGAUUUCUUUAUCUGAAUCAUCUGGAUAUUCAUUCUUGGAGGAAGAAAUUUAUGAUGCAGAAGGAAAAAUGGAAGAAUAUCUUGCAUUUGACAAGAAGGAACUUGAUGAUGAGGGUUUGGAGCAAAGGAAGUCUCAACUUGCCCAAAAACAGAUUAAACAUGGCAUUCCUCCUGUUUCUCCCAAUUCCUGUAUCAAAGAAGCUGUGGCUGCUGAAGUGUUUGAUCAUAUCUGGAAGAACGUAAUUAAAAUAUUGGAAGAAUUAAUAAGAAAGUACUGGGAAUCAUCUAUUACAGAAAAUGACAAGCAGAUGGAGAAAUCAAAAGUUACUGGAAAUAAGUUGUUACAUAUUCCCACCACCCGUGCUAUGGUGGAUACAUCAAGUGUUCCUCCGUCCAGAGGGUCAGACAUUCGAUGCAUGUCUUUUGGCCUGCAUUUUGGCCCAUCCCAGGUCCACCGUUUCUCCAGCAGUUCACAUGGCAAUUUAAAUGGUGUCAUGACAAUUCAAGCUAAACCACUGCAACAGAGACACUCAACCUUGAUAGAAAAGCCUGAACAAGAAGACAAGCCACAAGGCAUGGGCUCCCGUAUUAAUUCAGCAAGGAAUCGAGUGGGGCGAAUGACUGACAGCAGUGUCUUCUCAUUAUCUCGAGUGUUACCUGGAUCCUCUAAGAAAACAGUGGGCCAUCGUAGGUUACCAUCAAUAGCUCCAGACCAACUACGCUUAAAGACUCCCAAUGUUUACAGUGAUGAGGUCCUGCGAGGAACAAAAUUAUGCACUACCUUAGAUCGCUUGUCAUCUCCGUUUACACCUGCUGUCCGGAACAAGUUGCCACCCAUAAAUUCAGACACCAUUGAUCAAUAUCUUUCAGUUCCUGGAUUACGGCUAAGCUUUCAUAGAGGAAGACAUCUUCACAGCAGAAUAUCCAGUGCAGUACCUGAUGGUCUGGAACGACAACCUCUUAGAGACCAAACUGUCCUAAUAGAUCAAUUUUCAAGGCCCAACACGACUCAUACAUUCCGG